GGACGAAGCGCGCUGCCGCCGCCUCCUUCCACAGCAGCGCUGCGGCCCGCGCCAAGGAGGACUACUACCAGGUGCUGGGGGUGCCCCGCACCGCCACCCAGAAGGAGAUCAAGAAGGCCUACUACCAGCUGGCAAAGAAAUACCACCCUGAUACAAAUAAGGAUGACCCUAAAGCUAAAGAGAAGUUCUCUCAGCUGGCAGAAGCCUAUGAGGUAUUAAGUGAUGAAGUGAAGCGGAAACAAUAUGAUGCGUACGGCACGGCUAGUUUUGAUCCUGGUGCAGCAGGUGCUGGCGCUGGGCGGCAGUACUGGAGUAGCGGUCCAUCAAUUGAUCCGGAAGAGCUUUUCAGAAAAAUCUUCGGAGAGUUUUCGGGAUCCCCUUUCGGUGAUUUUCAGAACGUCUUUGACCAGCCACAGGAGUACAUCAUGGAACUGACAUUCACCCAAGCUGCAAAAGGUGUUAACAAGGAGAUUGUGGUAAACAUCAACGACUCCUGUGGGCGAUGCAAUGGUAAAGGACAUGAACCUGGUACCAAAGCGCAGCGCUGUCACUACUGCAGUGGCACUGGCAUGGAGACGAUAAACACUGGCCCUUUUGUAAUGCGAUCUACAUGCCGACGAUGCGGCGGUCGUGGUUCCAUCAUAACAACACCGUGCGUAGUAUGUCGAGGAACGGGGCAAACCAAACAAAAAAAGACAGUGAUGGUUCCUGUGCCAGCUGGUGUUGAGGAUGGGCAGACAGUUCGGAUGCCUGUGGGGAAGAAAGAAAUUUUCAUUACAUUCAGGGUUCAAAAAAGUUCUGUGUUCAGAAGAAAUGGAGCAGAUAUCCAUUCAGACCUCCUUAUUUCUAUAGCACAGGCUGUCCUGGGAGGCACAGCCAGAUGUCAAGGCUUGUACGAGACAAUCAAUAUCGCAAUACCCCCGGGUAUUCAGCCAGACCAGAAAAUUCGAAUGAGUGGGAAAGGCAUUCCCAAAGUUAACAGCUAUGGCUACGGAGACCACUACAUUCACAUAAAGAUAAAAGUUCCUCAGAGGCUGACAGAUCGCCAGAGAGCCUUAAUGAUGAGCUAUGCUGAGGACGAGGCAGAUGUGGACGGCACGGUGAACGGAGUCACAAAUACAGCAUCAGGGAAGCGUUCUACUGGAAACUAAGAGCCAGCAGCAGCAGAUCAUCUUUGCAGUCAGGGAUGAAUCUUUGUGGCAGCGGGCUCUGGAGAGCGAAGGAUGUCAGUCAGCAGCACAGUGAGAAACCCAGCUGGAGAGGCUACAAACCACUGAGGCACCAACAAUCAUCAUGACACAAAACCCACCCAUCAUCCUAGGAAAUGGUAAUGAAGGAAAAUGCCAGCUUUGCAGAAAUGCAGCUCGCUCUCUCGAGGUUGCUCCACAGUCCCUACUGCUGCUGGAAGCUU